ACCGGAAUUUCUUUUCCAGUACGAGAAGCCUUGCUGGGGUAAUCAAUACACAGUGUAGGCCUCAUCACACGGCCAACACAGCCGCUGAACAGCAAACAGCCAUGUGACACCAUCACAACUGUGGAGCCAGUGAAGCAUGGUUUGUAUCAGCCUCAGUAUUGGACUACUGGCAGGCAAUGGUUGAUGAGAGCGGUUGAGUUACUUGUAUAUGUCGUUUGUACAUUUGUACCACGGAAGGGAAAAAGGACUACGAAGCCAAGCUUACGAUGGAAUCAGGGCAGACAGAAACAUCAGUGUGACAUCCUCCCUUUGUAAGAUGACCGUUCAACAAAACAUAUCCUAUUGAUACUUUGAUAAACUCAGCUUUGAACUUCUGACAAGAUCGAGGACUUAUUCAGAUGGGUGAAAAUUACGGCUUUAAAAAGAUCAGUGUGACAUCCUCCCUUUGUGAGAUGACCGUUCAACAAAACAUAUCCAUGGCGGAGAUUAACUUCUCCUUGUGUCAAGGGAACUCUUCAAGGGAAGAGUACGACCAUCUGAUCAGAGUAUCCGACUACAUAAAACAAAUCUACAUCUGGGUUGUGUUUGCCUUUGGUUUCCCUGGCAACAUCAUCAGCGCUAUUGUGGUCACCAGGAUGUGUCAGCAACGUCUUACAACGUCGUUGUUUUACGUCGGUUUGCUCGCCGUGGUGGACAACGUCGCUAUUGUUCUGAAGCUCGUGGAGAACCAGUCCCAGAACAGGAGACUCGCCAUGGACGACACCAGCUGUAGAGGACUGUUCUUCCUGGGGCUUAUUUUCUCCACCUACGCCAACUGGAUACUGACCACCCUGGCAAUAGAGAGAUUCUUCGCUGUCAGGUACCCGUUCAAGAUGGCGGUGUUGUGGACUGUGAGGAAAGGCCUGGUGAUUAUUUCGUGUGUGUUUGUGCUGCUGUGUCUGAUCCACCUGCAUCUGUUGUGGACAGUCAUUCACUAUGAAGGAUACACGUGUACGCUGACACUAGAAGGGCCAUCGUUUAAGGCCUGGUUCUAUGUCGGGUCCUUCCUGUACGCCAUCCUGCCGGCUUCCUGCCUCUCCAUCUGCAACAUCCUCAUCAUCAUCUACGUCAGGAGGUCUGCCACCAGACGGCGGGCUCUGUCGGAGAACCACUCGACUACUGUGGCCACGAGAAGAAUCGAGGCACAGCUUACAGCUGUCUUAGUGACUGUGGCUGUGGUAUUUGUCAUUCUGUCGAUUCCUAGAUGCGUUUUCACGGUCGCAUAUGCGUACUGGAAUCCAACCAGUUGUUCUAUAGGUGAGGCGAGAAAAUAUUUCUUCGACGUCCUGACCAGCAACAUCGCCGACACCAACCACGCCGUUAACUUCUACCUGUACUUCCUAGCUGGGAGGAGAUUCAGACAUGCCUAUUUCUCGACUAUCCGGGAAGUCUCGUCCCGGAAAAGAACUCCACCCAACACAGACAGUGAUAGGACGAGAUAGGAUAAUGGUCCUUUUCUGACCCACUGGAAAAGUCAAAUUUUAAAUUUACGGAACACUUUUAUAUUGAUACUUUGAUAAACUAAGCUUUGAACUUCUGACAAGAUCGAGGACUUAUUCAGAUUGGUGAAAAUAACGGCUUUAAAAAGGUCAAGGAAUAAAACAAACGAUAAAUCAGAAUGUUGGCGAAGAUGAUUUUCUUUUAUUUAACAUGUAUGUUUUUACAGUCUUUAUCUACCUCUCCUAAAAAAUCAGCGCUGGUCAAGGACUGGCACAUGUUGAGAUACUAGAGAAAGGCUUUCUUUAAGCCUAAAAAAUCAGCAGUUUUAAUACAUUUUAGCCUUACAUCAACAUCCAAAUUUGUUACUAUUCUGUAACUAAGUGAUGAUAUGUACAGUCAAAUUAAAAGAAACAAGUUCUGAAAGAUAUACUAAUUCCAUAACUUAUGCAGACCAUGUGGGUUAAAAAGGGCCCUUGUCAUACUUUGUCCUUUGAAAUGACCAAACUUUGUUUUAUAUAAUCAUAAAGAAAUGAACUAAUUAAAUCAAAGCUGUUUCAACGUUGGUUCAAUAAAAUAUCGUGCAACCUCGA